AUGGCGACGCAGCCCACACCAACGAGAGCACGCACGCCGUCGGGGAGAAGGUCGCCCGUUGCCUCCGUGGCAGGCUCCGAGUCGAGCGCUGUUACCGACAGCGAGCGAAAGACGCCCAAUGGUAUCGGGGCUGGCGGGUUCGCGGGAGCUGGAGGAAGUGGGGGCGGGGGAGACAGAACCAACAGCGCCGUUCGCGUGGUGGUUCGAGUCCGGCCGCAGAACAAGAAGGAGAUCGAAGCCGGCGGUACGGUGUGCGUCACGUUUCCCAGCGAGGAGACCAUCGAACUCAAGGACUCCAAGAAGACGUACGACCGUGUUUUCGACCCUUCAGCGACACAACAACAGGUUUUCGACUACGUUGCCAAGCCUCUCGUCAGCGACCUUUUCGACGGUUACAAUGGGACGAUCUUCGCGUACGGUCAGACGUCAAGCGGAAAGACUCACACGAUGGAAGGCCCGUCUAUACACGACGCGGAGUUGGCGGGAGUGAUCCCUCGCACGGUUAGGGAGAUCUUCUUCGCGGUGGCGGAGGCGCCGGAUAGCGUGGAGUUCGUCAUCAAGGUUUCGUACAUCGAGAUCUACAUGGAGAAGAUUCGAGAUCUGCUCGAUUCCUACCACACCAAGAUGAACCUUCCGGUGCGAGAAGACAAGCAAAGAGGCGUCUACGUUGCGGGGGCCACCGAGGAGUACGUCACCAGCGCUGACGAGCUGAUCGCGGUCAUGUCCGCGGGCGCUAAGAACCGAGUAACGGCCGCCACGGGCAUGAACCAGGGCUCCAGUCGCUCUCACAGCGUCUUCAUCAUCUCCGUACAACAGAGAGACGUGAACGACAGCAGCACCAAGACGGGAAUGCUCUUCCUGGUGGACCUCGCAGGCUCGGAGAUGGUCAAGAAGACCCACGCCACGGGCCAGGUGCUGAACGAGGCGAAGACGAUAAACAAGUCGCUCUCGGCGCUGGGCCAGGUGAUCAACGCUCUCACGGAUGAGAAGAAGCCGCACGUGCCCUACCGGGACUCGAAGCUCACCAGGGUGUUGCAGAACUCCUUGGGGGGAAACAGUAAGACGUGCCUGAUCGUCAACUGCAGCCCCAGCAGCUUCAAUGAGGCCGAGACGUUGUCCACGCUGCGCUUCGGUAGCCGAGCCAAGCGUAUCCAGAACAAGGCUGUCGUUAACGAGACCCGGAGCGUGGAGGAGCUAGGAGCUCUGCUGGCGAAAGCGGAGUCGGCCUUCGAUAUGCAGCAGACGUACAUCGCCGCCCUCGAGAAGCAGCUGCGAACGUACAAGAACGGAGGUGGGGAGCCCCCCCGGCCCCCGCCUUCCCCGGCAAGUGGUGUCGAGGCCGGGGGGGAGGAGGGGUCACCCGGCACCGCGGCGGCGGGGGCGCCGGAGGCCACGGCGGCGGCGGCGAAAGAGGCGGCACGUCCUCCUCAAGACGAGGAGGCUGCGAACGCCAUCCGGCUCCUGACGAAGCGGAAUCAUGAGCUGCAGGCCGAGGUGGAGGAGGAAAAGGCUGAGGUCAAGCGAAGGGAGAAAGUGUCGAAUGAGCUUCGGCAGGUGUUGCAGGAGAAGGAGGACCUCUUGAACGAGGCGGCGAGCUUGUUCCGGGAGGCGGAGGGCGUUCACUCGGCGAGGAGGGAGGCGUUUUUGGCGGAGAAGGCGGACAUGGAGGCAGACCUGGAGGAGCAAUCGUUGAGGCUGGACAAGCUAAGCGGAGAGAACGCCCGCCUUGCCGAGGAGCUCCGCGAGAUGACCGGCGACCUCCCUGAGGUUACCUCGUCGUCGUCAUCGUCUCAAAGUACCAACAACAAGGCCGCCGCUGCAGCGUCGAAGUCGCAAGGGCUAGGAGCGUCGUUGUCGUCCGCUGGACAGACGGAAACCUCCUCCUCCGGUGCUGGCAGUGGUGGUGGUGGCGGUUCGGGAGAUGUCGUUUCGGAGGGUGGAGCGGCGGGUUCUGACGAACCGUCACGUGAGGCCAACGCGGCCGGGGAUGGUGAGGCGACGUCCCCGGAGUUGACGGGAGACAUGGCGUCGGCGACGUCUGCCGGGAAGAUGCUGGCACCCCCCGCCAGGGGCCCCGGUGCUGCUGCUGGGGGGCCCGUGGAGGGAGGAACGGCGGUGGAGGGGACGGUGGCGGCGGAGGAGAUGGAAAAGCUGGACUGCCUCGCGCUCGAGAGCGCUGGCGCAUCUGAGGCCGCGAUCUCGUUGGUGCUUGAACGGGAAGAGCGAUGGAGGGAAAGAGACGCCAGGCUUAUCGCGGAGCAGUGGAGAUCGAUGCAAAGGGCGCAGCAGCUGCUUGUGCAGAAGGAGGUGUCGGCGCGGCAGCUGGCUGCCAACCAGCAAAACUGCGAGCACCUUCAGCAGGACCUCGAGGAGAGCGUGGAGCGACGCAUGGAGAUGGAGCAAGACAGGGCGGCUGAAGCGCAGGGCGACGCGGCCGAUCUGGAGCGGCCGAAGAAGGAGAAGAUCAUGCUUCAGCAGCGCCUGGCACAGCUGAGCGAGGUCCACCGAAGACUGCUCUGGAAGUUCGGGGAGGUUGAGCUGGAGAGAGCCGCCUUCGAGAAGAAAGUCCGGAACAGAGAGGUCCUGAUCAAGCAGCUGGAGCAAGACCUCGUGACUGCCUCCACCAAGCUCAAGACUCAAAAGGAGGACACGACGAAGAAGCUGCUCGCCUUCAGACAAGAGGUGGCCAAGUUGGAACAAGAGGCACAGCGGCAAAAACAACUGCCCAGCGCGCACUCGCACCUGGAGAGACGCGCCGUCAGGGGAGGCGGCGGCAGCCACCACGCGCAAGAGGUCAAGACUCUUCGCGGUGGCAACGGGCGACGCUCCCACGACGAAGCCCGUCCCUGGGGAGGCCUCGGCUUCGACGUGAAGAGCAACACCUACGCCUCCGAGUCGGGUUUGGAAAACCCGGAUGACGCCGGGGCGUUGGGGGGCCGGGCUGGAGCAACGGCCGCGUCUGACGCGUGGGCGUCGCCAGAAUCACGGCGCAGCAGCACCGGUGCCACCCCAAGGAAAGGAAUGGAGGCUAGCCCCGGGGGGAGGGCUCGAGGCGAGGGCUUCAUCGAGAGAUUGUUGGGGACCCGGGGCGGGACGCCAAAGUAUUGAUAUUUGUUGUGGUUUUAAUUUAAGACUCUGAUUAUGUAGAGCGUGUGGCUCCUCUUUGUGUGUUGCGCCCACCCGCCCCUCGCAGAGAGAUGGGUGCUGUCUCUUUUGUCUCUUCCGUCAUCGCGGGAUGCUGGCAUGGAAGGGCGCUGCUGGGCAGAGGUCAAAACGGAUUUUGG